AUGAUCACCUCUGGCACUGCAACAUCUGGAGUGACUGUAGUGAUCACCUCUGGUACUGCAACAUCUGGAGUGACUGUAGUGAUCACCUCUGGUACUGCAACAUCUGGAGUGACUGCACCAGCUAUAGUGAUCACCUCUGGUACUGCAAAAUAUGGAGUGACUGUAGUGAUCACCUCUGGUACUGCAACAUCUGGAGUGACUGUACCAGCUAUAGUGAUCACCUCUGGUACUGCAACAUCUGGAGUGACUGUAGUGAUCACCUCUGGUACUGCAACAUCUGGAGUGACUGUAGUGAUCACCUCUGGUACUGCAAAAUCUGGAGUGACUGUAGUGAUCACCUCUGGUACUGCAACAUCUGGAGUGACUGUACCAGCUAUAGUGAUCACCUCUGGUACUGCAACAUCUGGAGUGACUGUAGUGAUCACCUCUGGUACUGCAACAUCUGGAGUGACUGUAUCGGCUAUAGUGAUCACCUAUGGUACUGCAACAUCUGGAGUGACUGAAGUGAUCACCUCUGGUACUGCAACAUCUGGAGUGACUGCACCAGUUAUAGUGAUCACCUCUGGUACUGCAACAUCUGGAGUGACUGUACCGGCUAUAGUGAUCACCUCUGGUACUGCAACAUCUGGAGUGACUGUAGUGAUCACCUCUGGUACUGCAACAUCUGGAGUGACUGCACCGGCUAUAGUGAUCACCUCUGGUACUGCAGCAUCUGGAGUGACUGCAUCGGCUGUAGUGACCUCACCUCUGGGUACUGCAACAUCUGGAGUGACUGUACCACCGGCUGUAGUGAUCACAUAUGGUACUGCAACAUCUGGAGUGAUCACCUCUGUACUGCAACAUCUGGAGUGA